CAAGGAUAAGCCACGAAUGGACGUAUUCCUAUAACCCAUAGUUGAGCAGAUGCGACAGCUUUUUUUUGAAGGCAUGCACUGGCUUCAAUGUGUCAGGCAAAUGUAUCCGAGCUAUGGUUUUUAGUGCAGUAGCUGAUGCCCCUGCUCGAUGCCUCCUCCAGGACGUCAUUCAAUUCAACGGAAAUUUUGGAUGUGGCUCAUGUCUAGCAAAAGGGACAUCGGUUAAAACGAGUGAGCGAGGGCAGACACAUGCGUAUCCAAUGGAUACGCAUGUGGAACACUUCGGAGAUGGUCAUACAUCUAUACGGACACAUCAACUGACGAAGACACAUGCUGAGAUAGCGUUGAGGUCUGGGGAGCCCGAGAAAGAAGUGAAAGGUUAUAGUCCACAGUUUUUCUUGCCUCUGUUUAACAUCAUACGAGGAGUGACAGUGGACUAUAUGCAUUGCACACUUCUUGGUGUACAGAAAUGGCUUCUAACCCGGUGGCUGGAUUCAAGUCAGAGAAGUGAGGCUUGGUACAUUGGUAAAAGCAUGAAGAAACUGAAUGAAAGAAUGAAUGCUUUUUGUCCGCCGAAUGUGAUUUCAAGGAUUCCUCGACAAUUGGGUGAGCUAUCUAACUGGAAAGCAUCCGAAUAUCGUACAUUCCUGCUAUUUAGUUCACUCCCUGUACUCUAUGGCAUCCUUGAUGAUCAAUAUUAUCAGCAUUACCUCUUGUUCGUGGAGGCCAUUCACAUUCUGCUCCAAUCCUCAAUUACGAAGAUGCAAUUGAAAAAGGCUAAACAUUUGCUACGUCACUUCUGUUUGCUCAUCGAAUGCUUGUAUGGUGCACGACACGAAUCGUCCAAUAUGCAUGCUUUGUUACACUUGAGUGAAAAAGUGCAAGAUCUUGGUCCGCUCUGGGCUCACAGUUGCUUCUUCUAUGAAGACCUCAAUGGAGACUUACGGCACCAUGGUACUCAGAACGUGCAAGUUCAGAUCAUCAUAGCGGUAUUUAUGCAGCAGAAGAUACCUGAAAUGGUUGAUUGUCUUCUGCCUUAUUCAGAGGCAGCAAAAUAUUAUCAUCAUUUGACAAAACGCCAUGUCAUGACGAGGCAGGUAACAGAAGAGAUAAACCGCAGACAAUUUGCAGUCGGCACUAUGGUUAGCUUUUGUCCAGAGCCAAAUAUAAUGGAAGACAUUAGACAAAUGUUAGGGAAUCAACUGGGUUCAUGUGAGAAGUUCAAAAGACUGAUAAACAAUGGUCAAAUGAUACACUCAGAGGAAUAUACCAUGGCAACCCGGCGAAACAGCUAUACCAUAAAGUUUGUAGACUCAAUCAAUGGGAAUGGUGGCUAUGCCUAUGCCUCAGUGAAAUACUAUAUGAAGGUUGUACUUCCAGAUAGAUGUGCAUAUUUAGCAGUUGUUCGCUUAUUUGAGGAAGUGACAUCAUUCCACCUGUCUACAGAUAAGGUAGCUUCUGUUCCUCACUUACAUCCUGUCAAGGUGGGUGACUCCUGUGCAAUAGUACCAGUAUCAGCAAUCAUAGGGCUUCAUGUCUUCGUCUCAAUGCCAUAUCUACCAUGUUGUUUUGCUGCUGAUUUGCCAAAUCACAAUGAGAGGGAUUGAACAACAUGUACAUGUAAAUUGUAGACUGUUCUAGGUCAAACAGCGUAAAUCACCAAAAAAAAGUUAUGUCCAGGUUUUCAAAACAAGUUUUGUCACUAACACUGGCGUUAUCGAGAACAGAGAACCGAAUGAGUGACAGACCUGAAACUUAUGGGAUGUGAUGUCCUCCCUAUCCACAUUGGACCUGACCUGAAAUAAUUGAUGGGUGAAGUUUCAUCAUUUAUUGGGCUAUACAUUUUGUUUUUGUAUAUACAUGUAGUGCAUGGGGUUCAACCUAAAUUUCUGAAGGAAUAUUUCUAUUGAUUGUCCAAUACAUUACGUCAAAAAAAACACUCAUGUAAUGGUGAAAGUAUAUUUAAAUACAAACAUAAAUGUGAAUGUAUAUUAGUAUUGGAAAUGUGAUGUGAAUGUAUGUAAAUGUAUUGGUAUUGGAAAUGUGAUGUGAAUGUAAAUGUAAAUGUGUGUAAAUCAUCAAGACUGAUGCUGAUACAUGUGCUUGAUUGGGCAUUGACUUCCAAGGCUUAUUGUAGUGGCAAAAAUGACAAAUCAUUUUAACGCCUUGUUAAUGUCAAUGGGUUAUUUUAAAGUACAUGUAGGUGUCAAAACACCGGUGUUUCUGUCAAUGGGUAAGUACAUGUAGGUGUUAAAACACUGGUAUUUCUGUGCAUUAAAGGGACAAGUAGGGCAUUAUAUGUACCUGGCCAGUAGGAUAAUGUACCUACUUGACACCAACCGCCGCAAACUGAGGUAUCACAGUGAUGUUGAUGAAUUUGGAAGCUGUUGCUAGCCCGUUUUGAGAUGGGUUGCGAAUUUCAGGCAGGCCUAAGUUUAACAUCCAGUUCUCAUGGUUCUAAUGCAUUGUUACUGUUUCAGUGGUCCUUUUUGGAGGCUGGAAGCCAUUUUUGCAUGAAAAACGAAACAUUUCUUAUGGCCAAUUAAGUUGGCCCCUUAUGUAUAUCAAUAUCAGUGUUAACACCUACUUAAAAAUCACUGAAUGUAAGAAGACAAUGGUCAUGGAAAUGUUUGUGUAAAUGAAAAUGCUAAUGACAAUUGUUGAUUUGAACUGUUUAAUACUAAUAUUGAUUGGACGCUUUGACCUUCCGGGCAACAUUGUCUGUCCAAGGUGUAAAAUUGUGAGGUUGUUCCUCUGGUACCCAUGAAUGUGUACACAUGUACAUGUAUGUUUGUGAAAAUUUUGUGUUUCAUUGAAAGAAUGUUUUAGUGAUAUUCAGAUUUUUAUGAA